CGUCUGUACAAACUCGUAGAAACAGGCUUCUUUGAAAAUUUAAUAUUUUGAUUGUUUGCCACAAGUUUACAGAAGAACAUCAUGACUGAUCCAAAUAGAGGUCGAGGCCGGGGGCUGGCGUUGCUUCAGGCCUUGAAGAAGUCACAAACAACAGAUUCUACACCACAGUCGGAGCAUCCUUCUCCAGAUCCCACUCCUGGUCCCUCUGUGGCACCUAGUGUUGUAAGCUCAGAUGCUGGAACAACUACUACAAUAGGUGGUAGAGGUCGUAUAGCAGCUUUGAUGCUUUCAAAGAUGCAUCAGAAACCUGGAGAUAUUCCCUUCGUUCCUGCUACUGAUGUUAGCCCUAGUGCACAGACAAUCGGUGCUGGCCGGGGCCUGAAGCUAUUACAGACUCUACAAGCUUCAAAAUUGGCGGGUAAGGCUCAUAGUAGUGUUGAACAAGUUACCACAAGCAUGGCAGAAAGUACAAUCUCAUCCACAGCACAGUCAUCAUUUGUUGCUAAGAAUAAAUAUUUCAGAGAAGUAAAAGACACACCUCCAGUAGUAAUGAAAGGAGACUCAGGUGCACCGUUGGAAUGUACAGCCAAUUUCAUAUAUUUGAAUUUUGAGGAAAACAAUGUUUUUGAGUAUGAAGUCCAAUAUGAACCAAAUCAGGAUUACAAACAUCUGCGCUUCAAGUUACUCAAUGAACACAAUCAUUAUUUUAAGGAGAAGACAUUCGAUGGUACUACACUGUAUGUGCCACACAAGUUACCCGAUGAGGCAACAAAUUUAGUAUCCACAAAUCCAUAUGAUAAUAGUAAAGUACAAAUAAUUAUAACAUUCAGAAGAACUCGUCGCUUGAGUGAGAUGAUACAUCUAUACAAUGUGCUGUUCAAACAGAUAAUGAAAGACUUGCAACUGGUGAGAUUUGGCAGGCAACAUUUCAAUGAACACGCCGCUAUUCAAAUUCCACAGUACAAAUUGGAAGUUUGGCCAGGAUACGUAACUGCAGUUGACGAAUAUGAAGGCGGUCUGAUGUUAACAUUAGACUCGACGCAUCGCGUUCUCCGUACGCAGUCUGUAUUAUCGUUUAUCAAAGAGACAGUCCAACAAGAAGGGGCGAACUGGAAGAAAGCCUUAUCAGAACGGCUGAUUGGUUGUUCUGUCAUGACUUCAUAUAAUAAGAAACUGUUUAGAGUAGACAGUAUCAACGAUUCAAUGACGCCGAAGUCAACAUUCCAAAAGAAAGAGAAAGGAGAAAUGGUCGAAAUCUCUUACAUUGAUUACUAUAAAAAUAACUAUGGUAUUGAUAUCCAAGAUUGGGAUCAGCCAAUGCUUAUUUCCAGGGACACAAAACGGAUGCCAGGUUCAGAAACUCCAACAGACUUCAUGAUCUGUCUUGUUCCUGAAUUGUGCCAGUUGACUGGUCUGACUGACGAUCAACGUAGCAAUUUCAGGCUAAUGAAGGAUGUAGCUACUUACACUAGGAUAACACCAAAUCAGAGACAUGCUGCAUUUAAAAAGUACAUUCAAAAUGUGCUCGACAAUGAAACGGCUAAGAAAAGAUUAGCUGGGUGGGGUUUGAGCAUCGCUAAAGAGACAAUUAACAUUACUGCCAGAACACUACCACCGGAAACUUUAUACUUUGGUAACAAUGUUAAAAUACCUGGAAAGCCGAAUGCCGACUGGAAUGGAGAGGUGACGAAAAACGCUGUGAUGCAAGCCGUAGAUAUUAUCAAAUGGGCGUUAUUGUUUACUGAACGGGACAAACAAGUCACCGCGGAUUUCGUCGAGGUACUGAAACGCUCCUGCCGUCCCAUGGGCAUCACCGUUCACAAUCCAGACAUGGUACGUCUGCCGAACGACCGUACAGAUACAUACGUUGCAGCAUUGAAGAAAACAAUUUCAGGCCAUCUACAGUUGAUAGUGGCAAUUUGCCCCACUUCGAGAGACGACCGUUACGCGGCUAUAAAGAAGAUUUGCUGCGCUGACAACCCUAUACCGUCUCAGGUGAUAAAUGCGCGUACCAUAAUGAACCAACAGAAAGUGCGUUCAAUUACGCAAAAGAUCCUUCUUCAGAUCAACUGCAAGCUCGGAGGCACACUAUGGAAUAUCGCUAUUCCUUACAAGACUGCAAUGAUUAUCGGCAUUGACUCUUAUCACGACGCUAGUAGAAAGAAGCGUAGUGUAUGUUCCUUUGUAGCGUCUUACAAUCAAUCGAUGACACAUUGGUACUCUAAAGCGGUAUUUCAAGAGAGCGGUCAGGAAAUAGUGGAUAGUCUGAAAUCCUGCUUGGUCGACGCUCUGAAGCAUUACCUGAGGAGUAAUGGGAAGUUCCCUGACCGCAUUAUAAUAUACAGAGAUGGUGUCGGUGAUGGACAGCUGAAGCAGAUUAAACAAUACGAGAUACCACAGAUGGAAAUUUGCUUCACUAACAUGGACGUGACCUAUAAACCUACACUCACCUAUGUGGUUGUGCAGAAACGCAUUAAUACCAGAAUCUUCAUGAAGGCUGGUAGUGGGUUUGAAAACCCGCAUCCAGGAACAGUUGUUGACCAUUCUAUAACCAGACGGGACUGGUACGACUUUUUAAUCGUAUCGCAAAAGGUGAACCAAGGAACCGUAACACCGACUCACUAUGUGGUCAUCCACGACAACAGCGGUAUGUCUCCUGACCAGUGUCAAAGGCUGACAUACAAAAUGUGCCAUUUGUAUUACAAUUGGCCGGGCACGGUCCGCGUGCCAGCGCCCUGCCAGUAUGCCCACAAACUGGCAUACCUGGUCGGACAGAGUAUACACCAACAGCCGUCAGAAGCGUUAGCAGAUAAGUUAUUCUUCCUGUAAUAUAAUCGUUAUAUUUUAUGUAAAACUGGCAUAAACACAGUACUCUCGUAUUUGAUUUAAUUAAAAUCUUGCUAUUGAGUCUUCUUUUUUUAAAUAUCAGAACUAUAAAGGUAAUUUUGUUUUUUUUUUUAAUUAUAUUUUAUAUCUUUAAUACGUGUUUAUGUCAGUUUAUAUCUAUAGGUAAAGUAUAUAUAGAUAUAUCUAUAAGAUUUUGUUAAAGAAAUCUGUUAAGACAGCUCAAAGUAUUUGAUCUAUUUUUAUACUUUUUCAGUGAUAUUAUUAAUCUCAUGUAAGUGUAGAUAGUGUAAGUUCUACCUCAGUUUGUUUAAUAAAAGUGUAUAAGAUUUAAGUAUAGAUUUGGUGCUAUACAUUGUACUUUGUAAAUGCAAUGGUACUGUAAUAUAUCAGUAUAUAAUUUAAAACUUAUCGGCAUAAGUACAUGCAGUAUGUUAUUGCAUGGCCUAUGUUAAUAUGUGUACUCAGUGACGUAGUGUGGUAACUAAGGGCCGCUGCUGAGCAGUAGGGCCCUAAAUUACAAUUUUAUUAAAACGCA